GGUCCCGGAGCGGCGCGGCCGGCCCGCGGGGCGCGGAGCUGAGGCCCGCGGCCGGCCGCAUGAAGGACUGCGAGUACCAGCAGAUCAGCCCCGGGGCCGCCCCGCUGCCCGCCUCCCCCGGGGCGCACCGCUCCGGCCCCGCCGCGUCCCCCGCUCCGAGCCCCGGGCCCACGCCCGGAGCACCGCGCUGGAGCGGCAGCGGCAGUGGCAGCGGGAGCCUGGUCCGCCGGCCGCGGCGUAAGUGGGAGGUGUUCCCGGGCCGCAACCGCUUUUACUGCGGCGGCCGCCUCAUGCUGGCCGGCCACGGCGGCGUCUUCGCGCUCACACUACUGCUCAUCCUCAGCACCACCGUCCUCUUCUUCUUUUUCGACUGUCCCUACCUGGCCCGCAGACUGACCCUGGCCGUCCCUAUCAUCGCUGCCGUCCUCUUCUUCUUCGUCAUGAGCUGCCUCCUGCAGACCAGUUUUACUGACCCUGGCAUCCUACCCCGGGCAACCAUCUGUGAAGCAGCUGCCCUGGAGAAGCAGAUUGACAACACAGGCAGCUCCACAUACCGACCGCCCCCUCGGACCCGGGAGGUGAUGAUCAACGGGCAGAUGGUGAAGCUGAAAUACUGCUUCACCUGCAAGAUGUUCCGGCCACCCAGAACCUCGCACUGCAGUGUCUGCGACAACUGUGUGGAACGGUUUGACCAUCACUGCCCCUGGGUGGGCAACUGUGUCGGGAGACGGAACUACCGCUUCUUUUAUGCGUUCAUCCUCUCCCUCUCCUUCCUGACAGCCUUCAUCUUCGCCUGCGUGGUCACCCACCUGACUCUGCGUUCUCAAGAAAGCAACUUCCUCUCCACUCUGAAAGAGACACCAGCAAGUGUGCUGGAGUUGGUCAUCUGCUUCUUCUCCAUCUGGUCCAUCCUGGGCCUCUCAGGGUUCCACACUUACCUCGUCGCCUCCAACCUAACAACUAACGAAGACAUCAAAGGGUCUUGGUCCAGCAAGAGGGGCGGUGAGGCCUCUGUCAAUCCCUACAGCCAUAAAAGUAUUGUCACCAACUGCUGUGCUGUGCUCUGUGGCCCCCUACCUCCCAGCCUGAUCGACCGGCGGGGAUUCGUGCAGUCUGACGCUGUGUUGCCCUCACCCAUCAGAAGUGAUGAGCCAGCCUGUGGGGCCAAGCCAGACGCCAGCAUGCGUUCUCUGAACUUCCACGGAGCUGUGCCCUCUUGCUCCUCAAACCCAGGUUCCCACAGUUUGGGCCCUAGGUCCCUGAACUGAUCGGUGGCAGGAGAGGAGAGCCACAUCCUCUGGAGGCCACCAAGGGAACCGUGCCAAGUCACUGCCUGUGCCCAGGGAGACCCAGUGUGAGUGAGGGUGUGAACUGAGUGGGCAGCCUCCCAGCCGGGGGCAUGCUUGGACCCUGGGGAGCCGGGGCUUCUGGAAGCAGGACUGCUGAGCAGCUGGCCUUGAAGCACAGGUAGCAGGCCAGCGCCUGCCUUUGGACUCCUGGUCUGGGGCUCCCGCAUUCCCUUUGAGAUGUGCAAGGCUAUUUUGGUGGUCUUGGGGGGGGGGUGUAUAUGGAAUUGGCCAGUAGGAUAGAGCUGGGGUACCAGUAGAGAGCAUAGGCAGAGGGUGGGAGGCAGCCUGUAUCAGAGGAAGCCAAACCAGCCAUCCAGGCCCCAGAACCUCAGCUCCUGUAGAGUCCUGGGCAGCACAGUAGGAAUGGGAAUGGGGACCCUGCCUUCCCCAGCCCAUGGAGACUCUCAAGGAUCCUUUCCUGUGCCACCACCCCUCCCCCCAGUCUCUUCCAAGUCAGAGCUAGAGGUGGGUGGGUUAGUGAUGCUGGCAAUACUUGAAACGGGUUUAUUAAUGCUGGCUAUUUUGCACAAUUUUAUAGACCUCUUUUUUACAUGGCCUUUUUUUAAAAAUAGAAGUUAAUGUGUUACUGUCUGUGUAGUGCCAAGUCAAGGGCUUUCAGACGGCCAGGUCUUGAAUAAAUGUUUUACAGCAGAUCUAGCUAUGAAUGUGUGUGUGUGUGUGAGUGUGUGUGCGCGCGUGUGUACAAAUACAGCUGACUUCCAUAUCCCUGGGCUAUUCCGUCUCUCUCUUACCCUGUGUUCAGAAGCAGCCUGACAUGUAGGGGCUGGGAAGAUGAUGCAUUAAUCACAAGAGACCCCUGGGCUCCUGCCCUUCCCUUCUGCCGUAGCCUUCAGACAACCAGUGGCUAGGGACUCUGCCACCCAGCCCCCAGGUCAGGCUCCCAGCUGUAACCUGCCCCAACAGGCUGAGGCUAGGUGUGGUGGGUGGGGUGAUGGGUCUGAGGAGUGGGGAGCAGCUGCCAUUCUGCAAGCCACACCCCCUCCUUGGCUCUCUGCUCCAUAUAUGCCCCCCCCAUGCUAGAGAGUAGGAGACAACACAUUUCUGCUAAUUAGGGAUGAAGGAAGAAGAAUAGGCCAGGAGGCUUAUGGGUUGGCCAGGACCUCAUAGCACAUCAUCCUGCUGCUGGGAUCUGUAGUUUCUAAUCAAAAUAGAGACUUGUUCUUUUAGGACCCCCACUUUGGCCCUUCAAGUGGACUGAAGCCCUUGGAUCAUAGCAUAGGAAGUCACUCCAACUUCUCUGCCUUGCUCCUAAGGCUAUUGGGUCCCAGACAGAGCCGGGAAGUGUGCUAGCUGGGAGAAACAGCUUCAGAGCCCUAGGCCAUCCUGCAGUGGCUCUGGGAGGUAGAUGAGGGCUGGAGGAGGCUCCCUAACCUGCCUUUUAUUUAAGCCAGUAUUCAUUUGUUCCUGCUUGUAAUAAAACUUCGUUUUUAGGAGCUGAUUUGCUUUGGUUUGGUUUUUGUUGGCUUUUAUUUUGCCGAGUUCCUGGUUUGUAGCAUAGCUCUGGAUUCUUUCCUGGGAAAUGGGAGGCAGGCAGCCGGUGAUAGCGGGAACUCUGCAGCAGAGGGACUGUGGCUAACCCACCUUCACCAUGUCUGCCUUCUUGUGGCUCAGGAAUUGGUACUUCCUGAGCUCUUUCCUGCUAACUUUGCACCCCGAUCCCCAGCGAUUGCUCAACUAAAGACAUGUUUGAGACAGUAGGUCCAAGUUGGAACUUCUUAUCCCUGCCCCAAUCCAAACCUUCUAGGUAGCCAGAACGGCCAGGCAGAUGAUAACAUAGGUCGAC